GCAGUGGAGUUUCUGGAUGUCUCUAUGCUGUCUCCGUGAUGGAGGAGCAUCCAUCUCCUUUUCUUGAUGGUUUGGAGGAAGCAGUGAAGUGUGAAAACAUCACUGAAGCAAGCCUCGGUGAAGAGGCAAAUUUCUCUUGCAACUUCUUACUCCCAAUGGAUGUCUUACAAGUCACUUGGCAGAAGAUAAAUGGAUCUUCCUUCCAGAACAUAGCCACUUACAGCCAAGCCUAUGGGCUGCGACUGAUAGGAUCGUUUCAGAGGAAGGCACGUUUCAUUAGAGCAGCCCUGAACACCUCAGCCAUCACUCUGCAAAAUCUCACAUUUGAGGAUGUGUCCUGUUACAGAUGCAUCUUCAAUGCGUUUCCUCGUGGCUCUUUCAGCAGCGAAGAUAUAUGCCUCAACAUCCAGAAACGUGGAAACACAGACAAACCAGAAGUCAAAAUGUUGGAUUUGAUUUCCCCUGAUACAAGAGGUAUUCAGAAGAGAAUAGGCCUUGUGGUGUUCUGCAUAGUUGCUGUCUUAGCAGUCUUGAUACUUCUCAUCAUGGGGCUAAUGAUGAGAAAAAGGAGAAAACUGCAGAAACAGAGAGCACACAGCACACCUGAAAAGGAGAAAGGCUUACAGCAGGAUCUAAGUGAGCAAUUUGAAAGCCUGAACAUGCUGAAGGACCAAGACAGUGCUUGUCAAAAUAAGAGGCAGACACCAGGAUCUUCAGUUUGCAAAAGGCCACUAAAUCUGAGGAUAAAUCUGGAAGAGAACGAAGGAAGAGAAACCUGGAAGAGAAACAAGAGGCUCGUUUCUUCAGAGGAGGCUGACAGCCAAGACAGUACCAUCCACAACAUAACUGUGAAGGAGUUCACUGAGUUGUGCAAUAAUGAGCUGGGCUGCACACUCAUGAAGGACAACAGUGAGACAGAGGCCUGUGAGGAGUUUGAAUUACACUCUGCCAUGGCUACUCCUUGGCCCAGUACAGGAGAGUAAUCAGCCCAUCAAAGCCCUGUCUCCACAAGUCCAGAGGAGCACUGAGGGCUUCACACAGGUGGGGAAUUCAGGCUAAGGGCUCAGAGGAGGGGACAGCCUAUACCGGCUCUCCUGCUGUCUCAGCAGUCCUACAGUCCCAGAGUUCAAGUGUGUAUCCUGUCAAGAUAAGCCAUCACUGGAGCACCUUUUGAACUUAGGGGUCACUGUUUUAUGAGGGUAUGGGACAUGGGAUGGGAUGCAGCA